CGUAUCUGUAGACGCGUUGCUAUGUUUACAGUCACAUUGUUAUCUAUCAACUAUUUAUAAUAUGUAUUUACAUUUAACUGUCAAAUGACGUUUGUGUUUUGGCAUUCUGCAAAAAAGAGAUUAACAAAUAUUAUAAAGAGUCAUGAAAUGUAAAUCAGAAGAUAUAUACGAUAGAAGUGGUCCACUUGCAACUGUUAAAACAACUAUUGUAAUGCCUGGUGUUUAUUAUUCAAGAAAUAAUACGAGUAGACUAUUCAAAUCCCGUCAAAAUUAUCGAUACAAAUUUGAUCGAGUCGUACAAAGAAAUGGAGACAUCAAUGUUGAGAAAUUUAACAAUCCCAAUUUUAAUAUCUUUUCCCACUGGUUUGUUACUUUGGUUGAAGCCCGUUGGAGAUGGGCAUUAUUUAACUUCUUUGUGGCCUUCAUUAUCGACUGGUUGUUUUUCAGUUUCAUUUAUUGGGCUAUCGCUUACACUCAUGGCGAUUUAUAUGAAGAUCAUCUUCCACAAAAUCAAAAUGGAUCUAAAUGGACUCCUUGCAUUAAAAACAUUUAUGGAUUUACCUCGACAUUCUUGUUUAGUAUUGAAGUUCACACCACUGUUGCUUACGGCAAGAGAGCUAUUACUGUACAAUGUCCAGAUGCAAUAUUUGCAAUGUGCAUACAGUGUAUAUUCAGUUCAAUAUUUCAAUCAUUUAUGAUUGGAAUACUCUUCGCAAAAUUAACAAGACCAAAAGGGAGAACACAAACUAUACUUUUCAGUAAAAAUGCCAUUAUCACUAUGAGAAAUGGGAAAUUGUGUUUGAUAUUUAGAGUCGGUGAUAUGAGAAAGUCCAGGAUAUUAAACAUAAGAGCUUCAAUGUUCAUUGUACAAAUGGAUAUUGGUUCUGAAUUUUUAGAUGAUGUAGAUCAAAUAGAAAUGAAAGCGGAAUUAGAUGGUUGUGAAUCCAGUUUCUUUCUAUGGCCUGUUUCUGUUGUACAUAUAAUAGACGAAACUAGUCCACUCUAUAAGAUAUCAGCGGCUGAUUUAUUUUGUGGUAGAUUAGAAAUUUUGGUAGUCUUCGAAGGGAUUAUAGAGUCUACUGGACAACCAGUGCAGGCUAGGUCGAGUUAUACUGAGAAUGAUAUUAUUUGGGGUCAUCGAUUUGUACCUUUAAUGAAAUAUGAUAGUGUAAAUGAAAUAUUCGAUGUAGACUUUUCUAAAUUGAAUGUAACAGAACAGAUAGAUACACCUUUAUGUUCGUCACAUGAAUAUAAAUUUAUUGUUACAUCUAUUAAACAUACUGUUAGUGUAUGUGAUAACAGUAACAUACCUACAAUGAGAUAAUAUGUUUAACAUUAAAUAGCGACAUUUAAAAUGUUACAAUCAUCUCCGUUUGAUUUAGUUUCAUUUGGUUUCACAGAAAAGAAUUCCUAAAAUAAAUUGAAAUGUAUAGUUAAAGAAAACACUGAAUUUAAACAUGAUAAAAUUAGUAUAAAAUCAGAUCAACAUAGAAGUAAACCUUCCGAUUGUAAAAUGAAUCACGAACAUGUGUUUAGAUUUGUUAAAACUAUUGUGUAACGUGUACAUUAUUAUACAUAGGAAAGUGCUAUCAAUUUAAUAUUUAUAAUGAAUAUAUGUGUAUAGUGUGGAUAGUUAUGGUUCACAAGGUUUAGUUAAUAUGGAUAACAAUAACAUAUUUUUAUUUGAUCAGCUAUUACUAUAAAGAAGUAUUAUUAUUUAAGUUAAAUAUAUAAGUUAGAUUACUACAGUAUAAUGAAGACGAAAACUGAAGUGUAACUGAGUAACAAGAAUCUUCUAGAAAUUUUAUUUACAAUGAAUUGUUUAUUUUGCUAGAUAAUUAUAAAUACAUUUUGAAGUGAUCGUAAUAAUUUAUACUAUAAGCAUACAUCACUGGCUUAAGUACACAAAUUGUUGUGCACCAAGUUACGUGUCUUCAUUAUUUACAAGAUUUUGAGUUGAUAAACUUUGCAGAAUUUCUAAGCGCCACUGCUUCCGAACUUACUAACAAGUGGAGAUGAAGUACUUUCAAUUAAUUAGCAAAAGUUUAAACUAUUAAUUAAUUGUUAAAUCGAGGUACCUACUGCUGAUGAAAUUGAGCCGAGUCUUGUUAUGAAUGUAAAUAAAGUUUGUCGAGUUAUAAUAAGUUUGUUUAAGAUUAUAGAUACCGAGAAUUUGAUGUGUUUGUUAUUGAAUGGUCUUUUGUUGUAAAUGCAAAACUUAUGUGCACGACGAAUUGUCUGUCAAUUCAGUUUUGUGAUCACGUUUAGAUAUUUAUGUUUAAAUUAGUGAUACAUGCAACAUUUAUACUAAUGUUUUACAGGGAGAUUUUAUAGAAAAGUCGUCUGCUUGAGUACUUUUGCCCAAUUCGUGUUUAUACCGUGAAGCUGUUAUUUUGGCAUGGCUGUAUUGGGAUUUAAAGGCAGUGAAAUUAUAGAGUACAGAGGUAUAACACCUUAGUUCUCAGGAAUGGCGUUAUCAUAUCGGCCUUUGAUUGUUCAGUGCUGAAUAUAAGCUUCCCCCUUGGGUGGUUUUUGUAGUUGCCACGCUUGGCGGGCGGAUUGGCAACCACAGUCAGGUUUUAGAGAUGUAUUAAUGCUGCCCAUCCCUCGCCCUCCCUUAGUCGGCUCUUACGACACCCACGGGAUAGGAAGGGGUAGGCUAUUUUAUACCGGGACCACACGACUCGAUUGGCCCAAUAGAAAUUCUAUCAAAAUCAGUUUAGUAGUUUACUUUUUAAGUCAGUUAAAAAAAAUAAGUGGUUUAACAAAAAUGUAGUUGGUUUUUUCCUGUGAAACAUAAUCUUAAACUAUAACCUGUUAUUUGUUUCAAAUAAAUGUUACCAUUUACAGCAUCUUCUAUGGUCGUUACUCCAAUAAUAAUACAGUCGAAUCGAGAACUGUUUCCUUUUUGAAAAUAUUUAAAAACGCAACUGCACAGUAUUUUCGUAAAUUGCAUAAACUUAGUAGAUUAUGAGCCUAUAGGGAAAUUCACAGUAACAUGAAAACUGUCUAAGUUUUAAGUAGUUAUUAGUGGUUUUGUGUUAAAAAUAAUAUUAACGUUACAAGAACAAAUGCGUCAUUCUUCAAGUCGAGAGACUUUAGGUUAUAGAAUUUCACAGUGCAUUAAAGUUAACAUAAAUAAUGGGUAUAUUCUAAAAUACAAAUAUAUAUAGUCAUUUAAAAAGACAUACAUACGAACACACACGUCUGUAUUCUUAAAUAUUGUGCGAAUAUCGAAUCCGUGUUUAUCAUAGUAAAAAUAUUAAAAUAGCUAUAUUAAAUAAAAUAAUAAGUAUCAAUUAAAUUAAAAGUCGUUAAGUCCUGCUGUCGGCUUGUCGGCAAACAAGCUGACGCCCCCAUCUGAUGGAAAGUGGUAGCCGUCGCCUAUAGACAUGAGCAGUACCGUGGACAUAACAGAGUAUACAGUUAUAGUUGAGUAUAAAAAUUCUUUUAUCUAAAAAAAUCUACCCUAUCAAUUAAUAAUAUAGGCUUCAUUAUAUUAUACGAAAAAUAAUGCGUAGCCGGGGCGUGUCGCUAGUAUAGUUCAAGUCUGUAAAUCUAUUAGGACACAAACUAUUUCUCUAUCAAAUUCUAAUCAGAUCUAUCUAUCUAUCUAUCCAUUUAAGAGCUGCGCCCUUGUCGGUGGAGCUCUUGCCACUCACUACGAUUUUCAGCGAGUCUCUUCACCUCUUGAUACGACACGACACCAACUCCUUCCUUGAUCUGCCUGAUGUAACUAUGUCUCGGUCUCCCUCUCCCCCUUCUUCCUUCUAUCUUACCUUCUAUUAUAAUGUUCAUAAGUUUGUCGUGUCGUAUCAAGUGUCCCAACAUUUUUCCCCUUCUGUCCUCAAUAGUUCUAAUAAUUUGUCUUUUUUCCUUAACCCUAAGCAGGACCUCCUCAUUGCUAAUUCGAUCCAGAUUCUAAUCAGAUAUUUAAGUAAAUAUUAAGAUAUAAAUAGACUUUUAUUGAAUUUUCCAAAGCUCGAAAACUUUCUUAACGCAUAAAUCACAGUAAAUGUUGAAGUAUAACAUUAAGUUUAUCAAGUGUUAUCUCAAGUUAGUGUCUAGUUUUGCGACGAAAAUGUCUAGUUCACUUAAAACUUCGAAGCUUUUUGUUGUAAAGUGAUUAACUUAUUAUUUUAUUUAUAUCGUAUGAUAAUUUAAGGUAUUGUUUUACAAAAAAAAAAAACCCACUUGAAUUGUAGUAAAACCAGUUAUUUAACAGUUUAGUUAGUUAACACUUAACUGCUGAAUCGAUUUUGAUAUAAUUUCUGUAGGACCUAGAACCUGAAGUGGAGGACAGGGAUUGCUAGUAAUGAGGUCCAACAGCCCCAUUGCUAGCAAUAUACCCAAUCAGGUUAACCUACACGCAGUUCCCCCUGAACCAUUGUAGUGAAUUAUUGUUAAAUUCGUCACGAGGGGCUAACAGCCUGCUUUCGUCCUCGCCAAUUAUCUCUUACUGGUAUACCGAAAGCGCAGGUGGAGUUACCAUUCUAUUAUCAUCCAUUAAAAUAAUAACUAGUUCGAAGUACGUUAAGUAUUCCUAUAUUAUAACUCAUAAAGAAGUUUACUUACUCCUUACAAUGUACUCAAACUGUGCACAAACACAAAAACACCCAUCUACACACGUAUACACACUCACACAUAUAUACAUAGUUUGAAUAUAAAUAUUUUGAAUACUAAAUUAACAUUAAAAAAAUAUUGUUAAAUUUUAUAAGUACACAUUUUUACUGUAGUACGAAGAUGGCAAACGAGCAUACAGCUCUACAGGUCUGAUGGUAAACGGUCACUGUAGCCUAAGGACGCCUGCAACACUAUGGGUAUCACGUGCACCUCGCCGAAUCUGAAGAAACCUUAAUAUUCUCUUUUUAAUAUAUAAACAGUUGAAAUCAACUACAUUGUUUAUUUAACAAAUUAACUACCUUUUUUUAUACAACUUAGAAUGGCAAACAAGCUGACGGCCCACCUGAUGGAAAGUGGUAACCGUCGCCUAUAGACAUGAGCAGUACCAUGGAUAUAACAGAGUAUACUGUUUCGCCCAUGAUACCCCCCAUGCGUUGCCAUUCUCGAGGACUCAGGUGUUAUUCCUCUGUACCCUGUAAAUUUACGCCAUAUCCCACACUUCAAACCGAAACACAGCUAUGCAAACACAACUGCUUGACGGUAGAACCACGAAUGGGACACAGGUACCCAAGAGAUCGACUUUUGUACAAAGUAUCCCUCUUAUUUGGUUUUAUUCAAUCAAACACAUGACAAAUAGCCAACAUCUUGACAGAUAAAUGUCAAAACACACGUCACAUUUCAUAUCGCAGUGUAAGGAGCGUGACAAUGCCUUCUCCCCGAGGGACGGGGAAACUUCAUAUGAAAGGAAAGAGGAGGGUAUAUAAAUAUUUUAUUUUUCUAUCAGCCCCCGUUCCCCGUCUAAUUUCACAUGUAAAUAGAAUCCGACAUGACGUUGAGGUCCCGUAAGAAAUGGAUUGGAUGAAAGCUAUGAUGUUCAAAAAUAUGUCGCCUCUAACAAGUUAUUCAGAAGUAUCACGUGUGAUAUACAUACAUAUAUAUAUAUUUUUUUUUAUUGAGGAAAAACUUUUAUGGACGCCAGUAAUAUAUUUUUAUGUAUUGUACAUUAUGUUUAUCGCAUUUUAUUUUCAUGUGUUAUGUUAUGGUGUUGAUAAUUUUCUACGUUAUGGGAGUGCAAUAGUUUUUAUGUCGAUAAAAUGUUGAUUCAUGUGACAGUAAGUAUAUCUACUUUCUGUUUAAGCGGCUUUGCUUUUUGUAACUAUGUUACGACUAGGGUUACAACUUA